AUGGCUACAAGAGAAGGUGCUGAUGACGAAGAAGCCGAGCAGAGCAGCGAAGCUGACCCAGACCUACUUCCAUCAAGAGUCCGGCCUUCUGCAGAGGACUUUUCCAACGGGGUCUUUUCGAGCGAAGAAACUAGCAGGCAGCAAGCGGGAUCCUGGAGGAUGUACUCAAACUCAGUCUAUGACAACCAUCUCCGUCCUGUCGAGGAAUAUCGAGGGGUAGUGGAGAAUGGUGACAGAUCCUACGAAGGAGAGCUGCGCCCUGGAGAAAUUGCUGCUGCUGAGGCUAAUGGAUUUGUCACAGAAGAUGGCCGGGCUGCGUAUUCCAGGGAAAUCGUUGAAGUGGCAGAUGACAACGUUGGAGGCGCGUCUUACAACUUGAGUGAAGCAUCCAGCGAAGCAUCGUCCGCGAACGAGGAGGGUGGUAGCGGCAGAUCGACACCGGUUGGCUUGUAUCCAGGGCUUGUGCCAGGACUUCCGGCGCAGAUGUUCAUGUCCGGAUACCAGUACCCCUUCUUCCCAACCCCCUUCUUCCCAACCCCUGGACUUCAGCCGGGCAUGGGAAUCCCCAUCGGCUGGCCAGGGGCCUCCCCUUUCUUCAACCCGUUCAUGCAACUACCGAUCCAGCCGGCUUCUCCGUCGUCGUCAACGCAAGCUUCGGAGCCCUCCAGCCCGGCCCAAAACCCUCCAGAGGCGCAGCCUGAGCAGCAGCCAAAGUCUACAGCCACCCAGCCCCCAAACCAGCCCCCAAACCCCGGCUUAAACCCUUCGGCAGCCAGCUGGUCUCCUCCGUCCCAGAUUCCACCGCGGCCGCAGCAACAGCCGCAGCCGCAGUUCAACCACCCCCCCCAGAUGGCUGGCGAAGCCUACCCCCCUGACUGGCAACGUCACCCUCAACAGCCGCCUCCUGCUCGAGGGCAGCGGCCGCCUUUGGCACCACAAUGGCCCCCCUCUGAAGCACCCCAGUUCAACACCCCCGCGCAAGCACCCCAGUUCAACGCUCCUUUCCAAGCGCCUCAGUUCGGUCCGUACGGACAGUUCCAGAGGCCUCCCAGGCCGCAUCUUUCCCCUGCUGCACCUCCGUUUGUGGCAAAUCAGCAGUUUCCACGUGGCAGGAUGCCAGGAACUGAUCAGCGGCCUCCUCUGGCACCUCGUGGACCCCAGUACUUCACUCCUAGACCGCAGAACAUGUGGUUUCAAAGACCCCAGCAGCCUCCGCCAAGGCCAGCGCCGGUCCAGAGAGCUCUCCCGAAGGUCGACUCUACGAAGCUGCGGAUCAUGUCUCGUGAACUGCAGUCGAACAUGCAGACGGAGUUGCCCAAGUCCCGAGCAGCCGUAACCCCAGAGGUCCCCACAGACUCUGCCAGGCGUGAAACGUGGCAGAGGCGUCCUACCCUGGAGGCGCUGAGCGAAGAGGGCAGCGAGGUCGAAGAAGGCCAAGCCAGAUCAGAAGAAGCAGAAGCUGACAGCGACAGCACUGGCUGGAGUGGGAGGAGUGUCACGAAGGAACCAAGCGCUACAGAUCUGGUCGCUUUCGCCAGCGCAGACGGAGAGGAAUCAACUGAGGCUGUGAACGGAGCGCCGGAACCGGAUGCAGAGGGGAAGGACAAUGGCGCGCCGACGGAAGCUGCUGAGUCUCCAGGGGGGAAGUCUGAGGCCAAGAGCGAGCCUGAAGAGGACGAAGAGGUUCUGGAGAGGGAGAAGCCGGCUGAUUCGGUAACAGAUAGCCAGAAAGCGGAAACAAGUCAAGAACCUCAAGGGGCGUCUGAUGGUGACGCUGAGGACGCGACCGCUUCUGAAGUUGCCGCUGGGGAAGAAACGUUGCUGGAUGGAGCGGAGAAAAUGGCUACGGAACAGCAGGAGAGAGAAACGGAAAGUGACAGAACGGAAUCUGACCGGGGGGGCGAUGCAGCUUCGGAGUCUGCCCAAGCAGUCGUCGAAGUUACGGCGAUGGGGGAAACGGACAUUCUCCCGGCGGAGAAAGCAUCCGUAGAGAACUCAGAGGCGUCUGCGAACCAAUGUGUCGGAAAGGAGAGUGUGACAGGUGAGAUCGAGGGCAAAGAGGACGCAGCAAUUGAGAGCUCCGAAGGUUCGGUUGAAGCCCGGGUAGAGGGCGCGCCAGACCUGCCGGAAGAGGGUACAAAGGAAGACGUCAAGAUUGUGGAAGCGUCUUCGAAGGAGGAGCAAAGAAGCGCCCAGGUCGAAGAAGCCAAAGAAAGUCCACCGGAGAGUGAAAACAGCCUAGAAGAAGAAAGGGCAGCUGUUCGGGAAGGGGGAGCAGAGGCAGCGCCUGAGGUUGGGGCGGAGCGGGCGGAAUGUUCGGGAAGCUCAGAAGAGUCAGACGCUCGGUCAAAGCCGUCGGGAGAUUGCAGCUCGAACCAGCAGGUGGAGGCGGAGGUCGUUUUGGAGUCGCAAGAAGGUUCAGAAGAAAUUAAGGAACAGACUGAAGCGGAUGGGGAAGCAGAUGCGGACGGACGGGAAACUGAAGAAGCGGGUUCGGCACAAGAAAAAGGGGAGGAGGAGCUGGAAGUUAGAAAGCAACCGCGCAAAGAGGAGGAGCAGGGUGAGGAUCGUUUGGAAGGGAGCGGUUCCGGAAGCGAAGUCGCAGAGGGGCCCAGCAUCGAAAAGGAGGACGAGAAGCCUUCCAGCGCUCAGGCAGAACCGGGGGCGGCUGCUAAAGCGGAUGUGGUUCCUUCGGAAGGGCAAACCGCAGAAGCUGCAGAAGAGACUGAAAUCGAGAGUCCGGUCGCAUCCAGUCUGAGAGAACUUAGCGAAGGAGGCGUCGAAGCAGCCAGCGACUUUGGGCUGCAGCCAGAAGCUGAAAUGACGUCAAAGUCCGAAGAGGAGAGCCGAAACGGUUCGUCAGAAGCUUCACAACUUGAGCCUACCGACGUGACCAACAAGCCGGAGCUGCCAUCAAAGGACUUCGCGGGCGGAGAAGCUGCUGAGGAGACUCGCAGCGUUGAUGCUGACGCUGACGCGGACGUCAGCAAUCCGGAGCGGGGAAGCGAAGUAACAGCGGAAGUGGCCAGCCGUGAAACGCAAAAGACCGCAGACACGCAACCGGAGGCGGAGAGAACAUCCAGCGGAGGCAUCCCCUCGUCGGUCCUGUCGAUGCUUCUUCCCCACUUCGGAAAACCUGAGGGUGUGAAGCUGUCCUUCGGUGAACCCAGGGGCGAUGAAGUCAGCAAAGAAGCGUCGCGGCCGCCGACGCGGUUCACUCCAAAGCUGGGGCCUCCGCCAGGAUUCGAGAUGCACCGAAAGACGGAGAACGGCUCUUCCAGUCGAAGCCGGGAGAUGGGCGGAGGAGAGGGUGAGAUAGACGACCUGCUAAAAGUUCUCAUUGGUGGCGGCUCUGGCGGAACGGACGAGGGUCAGAGCGGAGGAGCGGAACGGCAGAGUCUGUCUAAAGCCGGGAAGCUGGAAGUCGCAGCUAAAAUUGAAGCGCAACCGGGGCAGUCUUUGGAACAUUCUGAGGUCUCUGAAGCGUCGGUAGUAGGUCCAGACUUCUGGAAGGAGAUGCUAGGCUUGGCGACGGCUAACGGGGAGGAAAGCGGCUCCGCGGAACCGGACCGGAAGGCGGAAGACGGUGGAGAAGCUCCGGCGGGGAGAGAGGCAAAGGAGGCCCGCGAAAAGACCUGGGAGGAGCUUUUCGAUGAGAUGCAGGCCAAGGCUGCACGGGGAGAGCCUCUUCUAAAGCCCGACUCGGAAAAGACCUGGGAGGAGCUCGAGGCGGACGGGAAGUUUGUUGGAGGGAUCCCCCAGAAGAUGAAGACCGGGCGGCAGCAACUCCCACCGUCGGAAGAUGACUGGAAAGUGAAGGUGGGCCCUCAGAUGGAGUUCGGAAAAGGCGAGAAACCGGGGGAGCGGCUCGCGCGCGCGGUGAUACAGGAGGCUUUCAAGGCGAAGAAGGCGGAGCUGGAGAAGGUGAAGAUAAAGGCCUGGUCGAAGCCGGAGGUUUUCGCCCCGGAGGAGUCCCCCGACCAGUCGGAAGCCCCGAGGGGAAGAGACGGUACCAGGCGGGCGGAGGACUUACAGAGAGAAAACGUCUGGGAGAAAAGGAGGAAAGAAGCGGAAGAGCGGUUGACGGGACGGUGGGGAAUCUCUCAUCAGUCGGAAGGAGAGGAGGGACCGGGGGAGCUGGAUAGGGCGGUGUUGCGAAGCAAGCUGAGCGGUUCAUUGCCCCCUAAGGAAUGGGAAGAAGCGGGAACAGGGAGUGCCAGAGAGAGGGGGUCAAUAAUUUUCGAGGGCGCUCUCGUGCAGCUGAAGAGGCAAAGCUCGAAAGAGAGGCGGGGCUCUGAAAGUAACCCAAGUAGUCCCGAAAGGCGCCAAGGUAAACCCGGCAGGCUGUUGCUCGACGAUGGAGACAAGGGCGCGCAAGUCUUUGCUCCCCUCGCGAAAUCAAACGGGCGGCGGCAAGAAGCACCGGUGGAGCCACUCAAGAGUCCGAAGACGCCCAAAAGUGGACAGUGGAGCGAGAUGGUCGAGCAGAGUGAAGACGAUCUCCCGAGCCUUCCGGACGUGCUGAAAGAAGCCGAAGAGCUACAAGAUAGCAGUCCCCAGCCUCCAGAAACGGAGGGAACCGAGCACGCGACCGGGAGAGUGAUCCAGACGGGGCACGUGCCCCAGAACAAGGCUGUGGAGGCGGAGGUUGCGACGCGGGCCGACGGCGAGAGGACCGCCUUUCGCGCGGCCGCGAUGGGCGCGUCCGCGACGAUGUUCGCGGGCCUUGCCGAGCGGAGCAGGGCGGCCGCGCGCUUGGCGCUGGGUGGGGCGCACGGUGAUCGUCCCCCGACCGGAGAUUCCGCCCACGGGAGCACCCAGAGCGAACCUUCCGGUUGGAAUGUGAACCGGCCGACAACCGGGGGCUCGGCGCACGAGCACGUCCAGAGUGGGCCGUCCCGGUGGCCAGGAGCGGGGAACGCUGGGGGGAUUGUGGCGCCAGAUGAUCUUGAGGAAGAUGACAGCGAAGCCGAGGAGUUCGCCCGGUUGAGGAAGCUCAGGAAGCCCGGGGCGAACCAGCGGCAGGGCAGGCCGGUGGUUGAAAGACCGGCUCCGCAGCCGGCGCAACCGGUAGAAAGCAAACCCAAAGCAGUCAGGAUAACCGCCCCGCACGAGAUCGAAGACGAGGAGGCCUCUGACGUCGAGGAGGUGGGGAGGGCAACCCGCAAGGGCAAGCGCUAUUCUCAGAAGCAAUUCAUCACCGACUUAGAGAGCGGCGGCGGAUACUACGACCGGACGUGGGUCGAAGCUGAGCAGGGGAUAGCCAGCCAGAACCGGGGCCCUCCGCAAGCUCUCGGUCAACGAAACUUCAACCAGAAGCCCGGCCCUGCAACUCAAUCUAAGGGACUGAAAAGAGGAAGUUCCGGAAGGGUAGGGGAGAGGUUUGUGGGACCGGGGCAGUUUGAGGAAGCGGAUCGAGUUAGCUCUCCUAGGCCAGGCACCGCGCGCGAGCGCGCAGUUCUGCACGAACCGGGGGGUCUGGGCAGGCGCAAUUCGACUCCCCCGCAGAGUCAAGAAUGGCGCCCGGUGGGUGAAGACCAGAGUGCGACCUCCAGCCGGACCCCAACGCCCGAAACCCUGCCCAGUACGCCCAGCGGCCAGCGCGCGCAUUCACGCGCGUCGCCGGUUAGCCUGAGCACCGAGGCCUCGCCCAUCGAGUCGGUGAAGAGCUCCCUGAGCGUAAAGAGCCCCCGGGAGAGUCUCUCAGACGAGGAAGGCUACGAGUCGGCGACUAGCUCGGUUUUCGACAACAACGACGACAAGUGGUCCACCGAGGACCAGUCGGAAGGGCCCUCCAGUCAGGCGGCUGCUCCAAUGGCGGGACGGGCGUUGCCUGGUAGAGGGGGGGGAGAAGUCUCUACCGGGGAGCAGCAAGAAGAAGCCGAAGCGCGCGUGGAGGGAACUGAGAGCGCACCAUGUGAAGAAGAAGGCGGCUUUGUUGCGGCUGUGAGAGCGGCCGUUCGCCAGAUAGCUACAGGGAACGGAGAGGAGGAAGCGAGAGAGGGGGGAACCGAUACCGGAUGGACUGCUGCGGAGAAACCGGAUGAGAAAGAGCAAGGUGGGGCAGGAAAGGAGGAGGGAAUCGAGGAGCCGAUCGAAGAUAAGGGGUGGGCAGAAGGGGAAAAGGGUGAAGAGGGCAACGCGGCUGCAGUACCGGUGGGGAAAAGAGAAGAGAAGACCGGACCGCUGAGCGAGGAAGAACUCCAGCGGAGGACUAUCUGGGUGGGAAACAUUCCAGAGAAGCUCUUUACCGAGAAGAAGCUGUGGGAGCAUUUCAGAAACCUAGGGCUCAAGGUUAUGUCCAUCCGGCUGAUCAACUCGCGCACCCUCACAACUAGAGACGGCGUUCGAAUCGAGGGGGCGGCGUUCAUGUGCCUGAAGGACGAGGACGCGGCCAUGGACGCACUGCUGCUAUUUAAGAAGGACAGAGCCCCGUUCAGGAACAUGCUCCUCAGGCCCAGGACCCCGGCGGUGUACGAAGCCCGGGGCUGGGUUCCGGGCCCCGGUCAGUUUGCUGCUCCCCCGCCCAAAGCCGUCAAAACUUCCCUACCAACCGAGAAGGGCCCGCCGGGCAGGACGCACCGGGUCCAAGAAGCGGCAGAAGCACGGGCGUCCAACCGGAUGCCGGGGUCUCAACAGGGCAGGAUGAAUGGGUCGGAAGACGGUUUUAGCGAAGCUGAAGAACCCCAGUUCUGGGAACUUCCCCCGACCAGCGCCCAGGUAGAUGCCCCCGCCAAGAAGGGUCAGCUGCCGGUCAGACCCGCGGGGCCGCCGCCCGACGAGGAGGCGCGCGCGCGCGCGCGCAGGCUCGAGAAGGAGCGCCAGAUCCUGGCGGACCACGUCAAGUUCCGGGACUGGGAGGAGCGAGUCCGCCAGCAGCGCGCGGAGGCGGAGCGCGCGGAGGCUGCCGCGCGGCGCGGCCGCGCGAAGGCCGGCAAGAAGGUCGGGGAGAAGCCGGCUCCGAGGCGGGGGGAAACAAACCCGGUAGAUUUCGCCGACAGCCCGCCGUUCGCCCGGUUCUUCGUCGCGAUCGGGAACAGCAGGGAGGAUUUGGAGAACAGCCUGGAGCAUUCGGCGUGGACGAGCGUAACUAGAACGGGGAACAAGAAGAUGGACAUGGCGUACCGGAGGCUGCAGGAGGGGGAGGGCGCGGGACCGCUGUACCUGUUCCUGACGGUGAACGCCAGCGGGGUCUUCUGCGGAGUGGCAGAGAUGACGGGUCGUGUGAAAGACGAGGCGCUCGACAUCUGGCAGGAGAGUCCCUGGGGCGGGCACUUCCCCGUCAAGUGGCACCUGGUGGUAGACGUCCCGGGCACACUUCUGGAGCACAUUCUGCUGACAAACAACGACCGGAAGCCGGUAACCGUCAGCCGGGACAUGCAGGAGGUGCCAUUUGAGCAAGGGCUCGAGAUGCUCCAGGUCUUCAAGGCCGAGGCCAUCAAGGCUGCCCCGCCGCCCCCUCUGCCGGCGCCAGAAGAACCAAUCCCCCAAACCGCGUCAGCAGAGCCUACCAACUUCGUUGACUGGGAUACACUGGCCGUCCCGACGCCGGAACAUCUCCCGACCGAAACGGAGCCGCAACUCCCGGAUCCCGGAACCCCGGCGCCCGCGGACCCGCACGCUGAAACCGCAGCAAUCCGGGUGCUGACACGUGUCAGAGAGACCAAAGGGAUAGCCCCAAGACCUGUUCCUCCAAAGGCACCCCAGCCCAAGGACGAAGCAAACAGGAGGGUGGCCCAGACCGGGCGCAUUCGGGUCGACACUCCGCUGAAAUGGUGGCCGGCAGCGGAAGCGAGCAGGGGGAACGCCGAGAAAGCGCACGGAAAGCAGAAGGGGGCUGAGACGGACGGAACGCGGAAGGAUGAGACGAGCGGAAAGCGGAAUGCAGCCGCAGGCAACGGUGACGAAAAGAAGACGGGCGGGUUUGCGCUGCUAGAAGUCGAGUCGCCGGCCGCAAGCGAAUCGUCCAGCGACGAAGAGGGGCCGCGGCAGCCGACUGAGCCGGAAGAGAAGUCCGUUCCGGUGGUGCCGGAACAGACGGCGGAAUCGAGCGGAAAUGGGGCGCAGGAGGAGUGGGACGAGCUCUUCUUGGGCGGUGCGCAGGCGGAAGACGAACGGUUGGGCGACGUACCGAAGGAGGAGCGGGAAGAAGCGCUGGCCGAGCUAGCGAAGGGCCUGAUCGGGCGCCUGCCUGCGAAAGGGGUUGACGCUCGGGACGCUGACGGCUGCACCGCCCUGAUGCACGCCCUCCUGCAAGGCAGGCUGCAGUUGGCCAGCUUUUUGCUCCAGAGCGGUGCGCGCGCGGACUACCCGACGAAAGACGGGCUGAAUGCUCUCCAUGUAAAGGAGAAGCCAAUUCUAAUUGUCCAUGUCUCUCCUUCUCUCAGCAUCGCGCAAGUCGGCAGCUCGGAGCUGUGCGCGCUCGCGCUCGCGCGCAUUCGGGAGAGCGGCGGUCAGCAGGGCCUCGCGAAGGCGGUCAACAAGCCGGACAACCGCGGCCGCAGCCCGCUGACGAUCGCAGCCCAGUACGGGUGGGCCGCUGUCGUCGACCAGCUGAUCGAGAGCGGUGCGCGCGCGGACGAGAGCCAGCACCGGGACGGCGCCACCGCGCUGUUCAAGGCUGCGGAGCUGGGCCAAGUGGAGGCCGUGGCUAUGCUGCUCGCGAAGGGGGCCAACCCGACGCCGCCACCUGUCAACGGCCUGACGCCCCUGGACGUCGCGAAGCAGUACGGCCACAAACGGACGGCGGCCACGCUCGCGGCGGCUGGGGCGAUCGGAGAGCUCCCGAAGAGGGUCGAGGCUCUGUGCAACCGCGGCCUGGAGAGCGCGCGCGCCUGCGACAAGAAGGAGGGGCCGGGGCUGAAGUUCCGGACCUGCGGACGGUGUCGCGAGAUGCGCUAUUGCUCGAAGGAAUGUCAAGUCAACGCCUGGCCAGAGCACAAGCCAUUCUGCCGAGAACGGGAGUAG